AUGAAAGAAGUUCUAGUAUUGUUGGUUUUCUUUGGAACCACACAUGCCAGAGCAGCUCCAGCCCAACAAUCACACAUUUCAAGGCCUCAAAUAGCUGAAAAUUUACCACAAACAGAAAAUUUGUUGGCAUACCAAAAUGUGGAUCGUUUUAGCCGAGAUGAUUUUUUCAAACAACCUGGGGAUUUGAAAAAUAGUAAGACAGCUGAAGAACCUGUUGAAAGCCAUGAAUUGGUGAAAAGAAGUGAUGUAUUGAGUGCUGCGGGAAGCAGUGACUCAGUGGCGCCCAAUCAGAUAGAUGAUGAUAUGAACAGCAAAGCUAUACCAGUGGAUUCCUUAGAUUUAAAAGCCAGCAAUCUUCAAACCGAUAAACUUGCUAAACGUGAUGUAUCUCAUAUAUUGGAAAAUGUGAACCCAGUGGCGCCCAACAUUCAACAAGAAAAUGUUGAGAACAAACUUUUUCCAGAGGAGUUAAGGAUAUUCCAAACAUCCCAACCAACAAUUGAUGUGAAUUUUAUUCCAGUUCCAACACAAAUGGCGUCCAACAUAGCAACAGAAAAUAGUCUCAAUAAUGAGCAGGAAAACUCAUUGAACUCUGACAACCCCACUCUCUCAGGAGAACCCCAGCUACCUGAUAAAAUCAUAAAUGUGCUUUUUAAUCCCAAUGUAGCUGCUGACCCAUUACCUGGCUCCGAAAUAAUCAAAGUACAAAAAUCAGUGCAGAUAAAUAUUCCGCAAACCUGUAUGGCAACAUUCAGGAGUGCACGUAAUGUCAUUCUGCGGCCCAAGCCCAUUACGAAUCUCUCGCUUAUACAAGGUGUCUUAAAUUGCCUGACCGAUAUCACGGAGGAAGAAUUGAAGGAGGGACAUCAUCACACACCCGAAGAUGUGGCAGAGGAUGUAAUACGCCAUUCAGAUUUUCAAUAUUAUUUAGGUGACAAACAUCAUAGAGCGGAGGUGGAGGGAAGAAGUAAUAAUAAGGAAUUGGAGGCUGUAACAAAUGCGCCUCAAAGUCCAAUCUAUUUUGAGCAUCCUCAGGCCAAGGAUAAAAUAGAGCAGCGAAUGGAUAAUCCGGCAAAUAAUCAUCUGGAGAGUGGUAGUAAGAAUGAACCCUAUUUUUAUGAUCCCCAAAUAUUACCUAAUGAUUUUCCAAGACGUGGCGUUUUCGAGGGACCACAAUUUGCCGUCAAUACCAAGACGCAGGUGGAGGAGAAAGGGGAUGAUGAGAAGCAACAAUUGUUAGAUGGCAUUGCCAAGUUCCUAGAAAUUUCCAGACAGGAAGAAGAUUCAAAUGGACUCAAUAACAUUUUACCUGGGGACAACGUAGAGGAGGUCUCAGCUGAAAUGGAGGUUGUGAAAAAUUCAGAAAAACAUCAUCAGGAAAUUGAAAAAUCUUCUUUGGAACCUAGUCAGAAUGUUGAAAGCUUGGAAAUGGUUCCUGUGUCUCAUUUGCAAGAACCAGAAUCGAGUUCAUCUUUGCUUGCUGAUGAUGGUCCUUCGACCGUAACUAAACGUCAAGUGAGAGAUGUUUCCCAUGUGUUAAAGAACCGUAGGUUACCACAGAUUCCAAAAUCAAAUAAAAAAGAAAGUGAUCCGAUUUUCUCGGUGCAAAAUUCUGCAGAUGGUCCUUCGUCUUCCACGGUUUUGCGUCAUGCCAGAGAUGUUUCUCAUUUGCUGUCUUCUCAGAAAGCGGAGGAUCCUUCAAAAUUACAAAGUCCUCUUCAAGAAAUUCAAAAAGAAAAUCAACAACUUGUAUCAAAGCAAAAUUCUGAAAAUGGUCCUUCGACCUCCACGGCUUUGCGCCAUACCAGAGAUGUUUCUCAUUUGUUGUCCGCUCCGAAAUUGAAGGAUGAAAUGCAAAAAGAAAGUGAUAAACUUGUAUCGACUCAAGAUUCUGAAAAUGGUCCCACGGCAUCAGUAAGUCGACAUGCUGCAGAUGUUUCAUACUUAUUAUCUCCUUCUAAAGAAGUAAAAUCUGGCAAGGAAACAAUCGAUGAGGCCAAAAGUUUAAUCGCCAACCAGAAUUCAGUAACAGAAGUAAGACCUUUGGAGAAUUUUAGUGCAACGGAAGCUCCUUCACUUAUUUUAUCAAAAGAAACUAAAACCGAAACUUCAUCCCUCGCCAAUCAGGAGAGCAAAGAUUUACCACAAUCCACAACAAACAGUCCUCCUCAAUUUCAAACAGUGACAUCGAUUGCCGAUCCCAAAUCCAUAAAUCAACUUGCCGUGGAAAUAGUUACACCCACCUCACAAACUGCAGAACCUCGGACAUCAGGGCCACUGGAAAUUGAUUCAACAAUUUUAUCUAUAGGUCCUCAAAUAUCCGAAUAUCUUGAAGUAAAUCAAUUGUUGCCACCAAUUUUGUCCCCAAAGGAAGAAUCAAUAGAAAAUGGUCCUUCGAUCGCAAUUCAAAAUACAGAUGUCACCACACAAGGGAUACAAGUGUUACCAGAGGCCAAUGAAGACACAACGCCAAUUGUUGAACCACUACCGCCAUCUGUACCACAAAAAGAGGCGAUAAUCCCUUCAUUGUCAACUCAAGCACCAUCAGUGUUGCCAGAGGUCAUUGAACAGCUGGGACAACAACCUAAUAUUGAACUGCUACCGCCAUCUGUAUCACAAAAUCAGGCGAUUAGCUCUUCAACUCAACCACCAACAAUAGAUGGCCCAUCUAACGAAAUUGGAAAUAAGCCUUUAGCAUUGCCAAAGGUGGAUAUUGUUAAAUCGGAUAGCUUGGUAGAGAUUUCAGAAACUACCGAACGAAAAAUCCGUGACGUAAGUCAUUUAUUUAAGCCACGAACCACCGUGGCUACCAUGGAUCCAAUGAAACUGAAAAUCACGGCUACGAUCAAGGAUGAAGAGGAAAAAUUGGCACCACCUUCCGGAUCUACAGCAAAAGAAUCUGCAACUAUUGCACAACCAGUGUUUGCGGAAAUCGUUAUUGAGGAUAUAGAGAAAAAUACAAAGUCCAUGCAUGCAGAGACGAGAGUACAGCGCGACGUUUCCCAUUUAUUGAGGAAUCUUGGUGAUCAAACGAAUCUGAAGGUUACGGUCAAACAUACACAACCUGACGAUACAAAUGAUCAGCAUUCCAGAGAUAUUGCCCUACUAUUUGGUGCAGACGAUUUUGAGGAGAAGGAAUUUGAAAGUAAAAUAAUCGCUCGGGAAAUACAAACCGUAACCAACGUUGAGGAACUUCCAUUGGACAAAAACACCAUCAUAUUUAAUACGCAAAAUGAGGCACCAGUCUCUGAUCAUACCGCAGAAAAUAAUAUCAUGGAUGUUCUGCAACGCACACAACGUUCUUCGAAUGUAAAAUUGGAAACUCCCUUCAACAUUGACGAUCAAAUUGCUGAAGAUGAUCCAUAUGUGGAGAAUAUUUUCAUUCCAGACACUCACAGGAAAGUUAAACGUUCCACUGAUUCAAAUUUAGAAAGUCCAGCGGAAAUGACAUCCAUUGCCUCAGAGGAGGAAAUUACUACAACCAUUACUCCGUAUAUUCCAAGAACGACGGUAAAAACUUCUCGAGCUAAACUACCAUUGACAGUAUUUGCGGCAAGACCAAAACGUUAUCGGGAAGUUACAACGAAAUCUCCAAUGAAAACUACGACCACCUCAUCGAGAAAUAUUAUACGCCCGAAACGUGUAAGGAAGCCGAUGUAG